CUUCACCAAUCGACGACAGAAAAGUCGAUCAGACAGGACGCUCAGUCGCACGCUGCAGUUGAUCUGUGUGUGUUUGUUUUCGUAAUAUUUAGCUAAAUAUUAAUAAUAUUGUAAAUAAAAUGAGUUCCAGACGAGCUCUGCAUUUUGUUUUCAAAGUUGGCGACAGAAACAAAACAGCGCGGUUUUACAGAGACGUUCUGGGCAUGAAGAUUUUACGUCAUGAAGAGUUUGAAGAAGGCUGUAAAGCGACGUGUAACGGACCUUAUGAUGGCAGGUGGAGUAAAACCAUGGUUGGAUUUGGAGCAGAAGAAGAUCAUUUUGUUGCUGAACUCACCUACAAUUAUGGAGUUGGAGAAUAUCAGCUCGGCAACGACUUUUUGGGCCUCACUCUGCAGUCGAGUGCAGCCAUCAGCAACGCUAAACGACUGGGAUGGCCACUCACUGAAGUGGCAGAAGCUCUGUAUGUGACCAAAGCUCCAGGAGGUUACGACUUCUACCUCAUCGACAAAGAGCAGCCAACACACGACCCUGUGCUGAAGGUUUGUCUGGGAGUGUCAGAUCUUCAGAGGUCAACGCGUUACUGGACAACACUUCUGGGAAUGAAGGUGAUGAAGACGAACGAGGAGAAGAAAACGGUCCUCAUGGCUUUCGCCGACACUCAAUGUAAACUGGAGCUUCAAGACAUCGGUGGAACAGUGGAUCAUGGAACAGCGUUUGGAAGAAUCGCAUUUUCAUGCCCACGAGAGCAACUGCCUGACAUCGAAGCCUUGAUGAAAAAAGAAAAUCAGAAAAUCCUCACUCCAUUAGUCAGCCUGGACACACCUGGAAAAGCCACUGUAGAGGUGGUUAUCUUAGCUGAUCCAGACGAUCAUGAGAUUUGUUUUGUGGGAGACGAAGCGUUUGGACAGCUGUCUGUGAUGGAUCCGAAAGGAAAUGACUUACUGGACAAGGCUAUGGCUGAAGAUAAAAGUGAUGAGUGGUUUGCCAAACACAACAGACAGAAAGCUGCUGCAUGAGAUGAUGAUGCUGCGUCACUCUCGUCUCACUGGCUCAUAUUACGAUGAUGAUGGUGAUGGUGAUGAUGAUGCUGCGUCACAAGGCUCUUCUGUUCAUGUCACUGAGAGAUUAUGUUGCAUUAACUGCAUUUUUCACUAAAAUAAACAUUCCCUCAAUCAAAAAACAAUACAGUAUUUAGCUGCUGUUGUUGCACUGACCAGGUAGUUCAGUUUAAAUGUGAUUUAAAAACAAUUCUUAACAAAAAUGUUCUAUUUAAACUAAUAUAAUAAAUGUCUUGACUGUAACAUUGAUACUAACUGUGUAUCUGUAGUGUUUAAGGGUCUAAGACUUUCAUGCAGCUGCAAUAUUUCAGUCAUGUAAGUGAAAAACACUAGAAUGUCUCUCCUCUGUUUGAAAUAAAACUCUGCCUCUGAUAUUUUCUCUGA